AUGAAGUCGGUGAGGACCUCCCUCUCCCAAGGCCUCUGGCUCCUGGUGCUAGACUUGGUGGUGCUUCUUGCUGACUCUCUUAGCAAGGACUUUAUUUUUCACCCUGAGUGGGGGUUUGACUCGUACGAGAUCACAAUCCCCAAGAAGCUGAGCUUCCGCAUGGGAGAACAGGGUGUGGCCAGGCACGGGUCCUACCUCCUGAAGGUAAAAGGCAAAAAUCAUGUCCUUCACCUGCGGCCCAAGAGGUUUCUGUUGCCCCGACAUCUGCAGGUUUUCUCCUUCACGGAGCAGGGGGACCUUGUGGAAGAUUACCCUUACAUCCCGAAGCUCUGCAACUAUGUGGGCUCGGUGGAAGAGGCUCAGGAAUCUGAAGCUACGUUGAGUACAUGUAUGGGGGGUCUGCGAGGCAUACUGAAGAUUGAUGAAGAACUCUAUCAAAUCGAGCCCCUCAAGGACUCUACCAAGUUUGAACAUGUCGUCUAUCUUCUGAAUAAGGAGCAUUUUAGCAAUUGGACCUGUGGCUUAACUGGUGAUGAAAAUGAGCUGCAGAUGUCCCAGCACGAGAAUAUGGCUAGGAGAAGGGAUUUUGCUGGAUUCUAUAAGCACCAAAAGUAUAUGGAAGUGCUGUUGUUGUUUGAUUAUGGCAGAUACUUAUUUGUGAAGUCAAAUGCAACUCAAAUCAUAAGUGAUGCCAUUUUUGUGACUGGAAUUAUAGACACCUAUUUUCAGGAACUCAGUCUAAGGGUAAAUCUACAAGCUCUUGAAAUAUGGACACAGGGAGACUUAAUUAAUACCCUACCAAAUGAGAUAGCUAGCGUUUUAGGCUAUUUUGUAAUAUAUAGAUACGAUGACCUAAAUAAACGGAUUAAAGCAGAUUGGGCACAUUUGUUUGUACAUAGAAUAUAUAGUGAUUCACUUGGAGUGUCCUUUGGAGGAACGUGUAAUUACGGUCACUCCGCAUCAAUAGCUUCAUUUCCAAAUAUGAAUGUCCUUGGACCUGGCACUUGGACGACUCAUGAAUUUGGCCAUACUUUUAGAAUCCCGCAUGAUGAGAAAUACUGUCAAUGUAAGGGUAAAACUAGUUGCAUCAUGGGCACUGGACAUACUGGGUGGAGUAAUUGUAGCUUUGUAGGUUAUUUCAGGGCAAUAAAUGUAGGAUUAUCUUGUCUAAAUAACAUCCCACAAAUAGCUUAUGUGUUGGAGAGCUGUGGAAACAAAGUUGUGGAAGAGAAUGAGGACUGUGAUUGUGGUUCACGAGCAGAGUGUCAAAAGGACAAGUGUUGUCAACCCGAUUGUAAAUUGAAGCCUAGUGCCAACUGUAGCACUGGUCUUUGCUGUCAUAACUGUCAAUUUCGUCCAUCUGGCUAUGUAUGUAGACAGGCAGAAAAUGAAUGUGACCUCACAGAGUAUUGCAAUGGGACCUCAAAUCUAUGCCCAGAUGAUGUUUAUAAGCAGGAUGGAACCCCUUGCAAAUACGACGCUCAUUGUUUUGGAAAGGGAUGUCGAUCCAGGCUUUUGCAGUGCCAAACAAUUUUUGGACCUGAAGCCAGGGAGGCUCCUUAUCGGUGCUAUGAGGAUGUGAAUACAAUCGGCGACGAAUUUGGUAAUUGUGCCAUUAAAGCAAUUACUCUAUUUCAUCCUUGUCCCAAGCGAAAUGUAGAAUGUGGCAGACUACAGUGUGUAAAUGUCAAAUUGGUCCCUGAUAUGCCAGAUCAUACUUUAAUAAUUCAAACACAUUUGAAGAAAGAAAAUCUCAUAUGCUGGGGCACAGGCUACCAUCUAGGCAUGAAACCCAUGGGGAUACCUGACCUGGGUGUGAUAAAUGAUGGCACACCCUGUGGCCAGAACCAGCUAUGUAUUAACAGAAGUUGUGUUGCUAACUCAGUUCUGCGGUAUGACUGUUUGCCUCAGAAGUGCAAUCAGCGAGGCAUUUGCAACAAUAGAAAGAACUGCCACUGCAUGUAUGGCUGGGCCCCACCGUUCUGUGAGGAGGAAGGAUAUGGAGGAAGCAUUGACAGUGGGCCUCCAGGACCUCUAAGUCUGGAGGUGCCUUCAUCAGUUCAGAUUGUGUCUAUUAUGUCAUUACGCCUUAUUUUCUUUAUCAUCUCAGUGAUUGCUGUGUUCUUCAUUCGAGGGAAACUCAAGCAGGAGUCACCCUCAAGUACAUCACUGAAGGCGGAAAAGCCAACACAACAGACAACAUGA